GGCGGCGCGGGGCCCGACUUCUAAGCCCCCUCUUGGCCCCCGCGCCGCCCAGCCUCCCAGUCACCCCCUGACCCGGCUGUCCCCGGGCCGGUCCUCGAGCCUUGCUGUCCCAGUCUCCAGCACCGCGGAUCUACGCGCUCCUCACUCGUAGCCUUCCCUGCACCCUUGGAGCCCAUACAGACUCCUCUUACUCUCAGGUCUUUCCUUGCACCUUAGGGGUCGCUCCCUGCCCCACCAGGGCCCAUCCCCGCCACCUUUUCCUGUAUCGUAACCUACCCUGUCACACUCAGGGCACUUCCUGACUCCUGUCUCACUAUCCUGGCCUCUGAGGCCCUUCCUCUGACUCUCUGAGUCUCCCCAGCUCUCUAGUACAACCUUCCCAGGCUUUAGUUAGCUACUUAGCUCCCUCAAUUCCCUUCUCGAACCCCUAGGAUCUUUCAGGUUUCCAUCACUUCAAAUCCCCCAGGAGUUCCCCCAAACCCUGCUUGGAACCGCUAAGCCCUUCCCUUGGACCCUGGGCGUAUCUACCCUUUGGAUUUCGUGGGCUCCUCCCUUGCAACCGCAGGUGCCUUAUUCCUCUCCUUCCCCCACCCUGCACUCCCCGCAAAUCCUUCUUGACUUCCCUCCAUGUUUCUCUCCCCUUUCUCUCCCUUCCCAUCUUAUUCCCAAUACCUGGCUUUGUCUUUUCCCAGCUUCCAGGCUUUUUUCUAAGCAUCCUUUUCAUUUAACUCAGACUUGUCUUUUUUUCCAGAUCUUUCUCCCAGAAUGGCAGAGUGUGUCUGCCACACUCUGCCUCCUUGCUCUCUCCCAAAGCGCAGAAUUGUCAGACACACCAUAGUGAGGGUACUGGGUAACCAACCUGUCCCUCUGUUUUAUUUGAUUUGGUUUUCUGAAUCUUUUUUUCCCCUUCUUUGCCUCCUACCCUUUUGUUUUGACUUGUUCCUUCUCCCAUUCUCUCUAUUCCUUCUUCCCAUUUAGGUCCUCUUGAGGGCCUCCUCUUUGCUGGAAUCCUCCGUUGGGAACUAGGUACUGAAUCCUUCCCCUAAUGACUGCCUGGGUUCCACCCACAGCCUUUUGACCACUCCCCAGAGGAGGGUGACCUUGGAGGGAGGUGAUGAGGACAAGAGAAUCAACCUAGCAAGGGUCAGCAAAGGCAGGCAAGAAGCUCAAAACAUAGAAUUCAUUUUACCCUUUCCCUUGAUGAGAGCCCAGCUAUCCUGACUCCUUCCUGCAAUCCUAAGCCUUUGGAGUUGUCUCCUACUGCCAAUUAAUCUUCCUUCCCCCUGGGUACACAGGGACCUGUCUCCUACAUGUGCACUUGGCAAGGUGGUCUUUGUGUGUACUGACGUCCGUGAAAGAGUACGUGUCCUGGGAAGAAGCAGCAUGGUUUAUAGAGCACCAUGGGGCCUGACCGAGUGACAGCCCGAGAACUGUGCGAGAAUGAUGACCUGGCCACCAGCCUUGUUCUUGACCCCUACCUCGGCUUCCGCACCCAUAAGAUGAAUGUCAGCCCUGUGCCCACCCUCCGACGACAACACCACCUUCGCUCAGCACUGGAAGCUUUCCUAAGGCAACGGGACCUGGAAGCUGCAUUCCGGGCCCUGACACUGGGAGGCUGGAUGGCCCACUACUUUCAGAACCGUGCUCCUCGGCAGGAGGCUGCCCUCAAGAACCACAUUUUUUGCUACCUCCGCGCCUUCCUGCCUGAGAGUGGCUUCACCAUUCUACCCUGCACCCGCUACUCCAUGGAGACCAAUGGGGCCAAGAUUGUGUCUACCCGUGCUUGGAAGAAGAAUGAGAAGCUGGAGCUGCUGGUGGGCUGCAUUGCAGAGCUUCGGGAAGAGGAUGAAUACCUACUUAGGGCAGGCGAGAACGACUUCAGCGUCAUGUACUCCACUCGAAAAAGGAGUGCCCAGCUGUGGCUUGGCCCAGCUGCCUUUAUCAACCAUGACUGCAAACCCAACUGCAAGUUUGUGCCCUCAGAUGGGAAUACUGCCUGUGUGAAGGUGCUACGGGACAUUGAGCCGGGGGAUGAAGUAACUUGCUUCUAUGGCGAGGGCUUCUUCGGUGAGAAGAAUGAGCACUGUGAAUGCUAUACCUGUGAGAGGAAAGGCGAGGGAGCUUUCAGACUUCAGCCCAGGGAGCCGGAGCUGAGGCCACGGCCCCUGGACAAGUAUGAGCUCCGAGAGACAAAGAGGCGUCUGCAGCAGUGUUUGGACAGCAGCCAGCAGAACCUGCUGAGCCUGCGGGCCUGCUCCCACCUGUCCCCACUGCGCCCUGACCCAUUCUGUGCUGCCUGCCAGCCCUCAUGCCUGCUGCCUGUCAGUCCCCACAUGGACUACUUGCCCCUCUGGCUCCACUGGGUGCCUCAGCCCCAGCCCAGAGUACGUCCCCGGAAGCGCCGCCGUCGCCGCCGCCGUCGCCCCAGGACCCCCCAGGCUUCAUUGUCCCCUGACCUGCACACUGCCUGUGUAUCCCUACACCGAUGGGGAGGCUGUGGUCCCCACUGCCAACUACGGGCUGAGGCCAUGGUGACCCUACACCUGCUCCCCCAGACUCGCUGGACCCCAAAACAGGACUGGUACUGGGCCCGACGCUAUGGGCUACCUUCUGUGGUGCGCGUUGAACUUUCCCCUCUAGCCCCAGCCCUACCAGCUGCUCCUGCUCCUGCUGGGAACCUAGGUCCCACCCCCACCCCUGACCUCAUACCUAAACAGGCCCUUGCCUUCGCUCCUUUCUGCCCACCUAAGCGCCUCCGGCUAGUGGUCAGCCAUGGUUCUAUUGAUCUGGACAUCAAUAGUGGUGAGCCAUGAUGGGCUGCUUACAGGGAGCCCUGAAUGGAAGGUAGAGUCUCUGUCUUGGACCCCUCCAGAAGGGAAAGAGGAAACUGACCCUUAACCCAGGUCUGAUCUUGGGAGUGUGUUGUUGGGGACAUCCCUAGAGAGUUUGAUCCUUGUUGCUCUAUGGUUGCUGACCCCUGAGCCAGCCCCAACUCAGCAGGGAGCCCUGGCCAUUUGAUGUCCCCAUCCCUGUCCCUGCCCCCACCUCAGGACUGUAGGAGUCAUUCCCCUCCCCUCAGCCUCUUCCUCCCCAGGGAGCAAAGCCAUAAGGGGGUGGGGGCCACUCCAUGGCAACUCUCCAGAAGGCCAGGCCUCAGGAGGUGGAAUUGACUUGGGGGUUUGCCUUCCCAAACUACUCCCAGAGUGGGGAGUAAGUUGGCGUUCAGCUCUGCAGUUGAUGGAGGUAUGGGCUGUCAGAUGGGGUGGGUUGUACCCAGGGACACUACCUUGGCUCUGAACAUGGGUCUCAGGGAGGCCAGGUGUGACCUCAUCUUUUUCACGGUGCUAUCCCUGGUGCUACUGGGGUGUAGGGGAGGCUCCCUCUCCUCCCCACACCAGAAUGGGGUAUGAUGGGGGAUUGGAAGAACUUGAACUUUUUAUUAAAACAUUGUAAGCCCUUAA